GUAUGAAAUGUAAAAGAAAGAUGAGGGAGGGACUAAAAAGAGUAUGCAUGUGUGUUACUUUCUGAGAUUAGGAAUUGUUGAAAGACAGUGAGCAUAACCUGCAAACAGAAUCUCACCCCAUACAUGGCAAUACUAAGGGUACCUCUACCAUCCUCACCUGCCCCCUUCUCCUCUUAGCCUUCUACCACCACCAUUCGAUUUUAGUUCUUUUGAUUUCAUUUGCAUGGAUCACUGAAAUCCAAGUCAUAAAUCACUAAAAAUCCGAUCUUUAUUCUAGGGAUUCAUGCUGUGAAUUCAUUGGAUGGGACUCAAAGUCAGCAAAAAGUCUUCAUCCUUUUGUGUCUUCCUCAUCGUUACCGUUUGUGUUCUUCUAACAAUACCGUCUUUAGUUUUCAGAUCUGGAUUAGGUGCUGUCAUAGUCCAUGAUCAUAUCCAUGACCUCUCCUUCAGGGGUAAAGAAGAAGAGAUGAUAAGGUCAACCAUAACCACCAUGCGGAGGCGGAUGUUGAGUGGACUUGGCUCAUCACCACCACGUUGUGCAUGGAAGUGUGGGCGGUGCACCCCUUGCAAACCAAUUCAUGUCGCGGUGCCACCAGGGAAGUCGGUGACUAUGGAGUACUAUCCAGAAGCAUGGAGGUGCAAAUGCGGGAACAAUUUGUAUAUGCCAUAAUAGGAGUGUUAACUUUAUGUCUAAUUUAGUUGAUUACCUACUAAUUAUGUGUUUACUCAUAUAUUAAUUUAUGCUCAAGAUGUUAAUCAUCAAUUAUCCGC